AUGGACUUCCUCAGUGAGUUGUCUGACGAUGUUCUUCUCCACAUUAUGCAUUUCAUGGACACAACUACAGCAGUUCGAACGUCUCUCUUAUCCAAACGAUGGAACAAAGUUUGGAAAUGUCUCACCACUCUCUGUUUCAAACGCAGCGACUUCAAAACUCUCGACAGCUACGACCAAUUUGUCUACCAUGUUGUCUCCAAGAGAGACACUUCCAUUAGUUUGCAUCGUCUUGAUCUAGAAGCAUGCACCUUAACACAAGAGCUUCUCAACCAUAUCACUCCUCUUCUGCAUUACGUGCCAAAUUUGAGCAUCUAUCUCGAUUACUUUUCUCCAAAAGAGUUUUAUCAUUCCAUACCUGUCAUCUUUUCUUCACCCUCUCUCACAUCUCUCACUCUUUCAUGUACUCUUGGUAUCUUGAAACUUCCACAAUCUCUAGAACUACCUUCGCUCAGAACCUUGAAUCUCACAAAUGUCACUUUCACCGGAAGUGACGGUGAUGAGUGCGCCGAACCCUUUUCAUCCUGUUUUUUGUUGAACAGUUUGGUCCUUAUGGGGUGUUCUUUGAGCAACCCUGCCAAAGUCCUCAGCAUAUCAAAUCCCAAUCUUUCUCGUUUCACCACGAUAAGGUACUCCGAAGUGAAGUACAAGAUUGUGCUUUCUACCCCGAAUCUCACCCAUCUCGAUAUCAGAAGUUCGAUAGCCUGUCAUGAGGUCUCCUCCACGUGUGACUUUGCCCUUCUUGAACAAGCCGUCAUUGAGAGCUCUGUUUGUCCUUUAAUCGUUUUAAGGUUGCUGAAAAUGUUGUCCUAUGUAAAGAUAGUAACAUUCUCUUAUCCUGUCACAUACUACUUGUUUCGAGAACCGUUCCUCCACACUUUUCGUGUUCCUCCAGACUUUUUGUUAAUUCUUUUCGUCUUACACGAGUCUCUCUCAUAA